GGUGGGCCGGGUUGAGUCCGGACCACAAUCGCAGGACCAGAAAACUACAGUUCCCAGGACGCCCCGGAGCGGGGCCGCGGGAUUACGGGAAGCGGCAGCCGGCAGGAGGCAACUCGUAGGCUCUGGGUGCAAAAGUCGGGGUUAAGAGCCGCAGGCAUGCUGCGUCCCAAGGCUUUGACUCAAGUGCUAAGCCAGGCCAACACUGGAGGCGUCCAGAGCACCCUGCUGCUGAAUAACGAGGGAUCGCUGCUGGCCUACUCGGGUUACGGGGACACGGACGCCCGGGUCACGGCGGCCAUCGCCAGUAACAUCUGGGCCGCCUACGACCGGAACGGGAACCAAGCGUUUAAUGAAGACAAUCUCAAAUUCAUCCUCAUGGACUGCAUGGUAUGGAGAGGGGAACCAGACUUACCCUGUCCCCCAGGGGAAUCCAUCCUGGAUGGUUGGAGGGGCAGAGAGACAGGAUCUCCAGAAGAUUGCAGCAGCAUUGUAAUAGGCAGGACCCCAUGCAUCAAGUGGUGGUGAGGAAGGAACCCUGGGCCUGAGGUCUGACUUGGGUUCUGGUCUCAGCCAUCCGCUUAAAAGUUGUGGAACCUUGGGUAAGUCACUUGACCUUUCUGAGCUUCCUUACCUCAUCUCUAAGGAGAAAAGCAGCAAUCCCUCCUGCCCCCAGGUUCUUGUGAAGAUCAAAUAAAAGAUUGGAUAUAAACUGUAGAGUGAUAUAUAACACAAAGUGUGUCAUCCCAGCUUCACAACUUCAUAGAACCAUGGCAGUUACCAGACUCUAGACCAACCUCUUCUGUUCACAAAGAAAGGAAAAGAAGUCCAGAAAGGGGAGGUGGUGAUUAGACUGGAAACAGGGGCUGUCUCACUCACCUUUGCUUCUGUUCAGUCAAUAGGUAUUUAGGUCUC